ACGUUAAUUCAGUCUAAAAAUCUGUUUCUAAAUUGUGAUCUACAUACGCUAUCAUACAUAUUAUGUAGUUUCAAAACGUAUAGUACUUUCUCACCAACUACCCGCGUGGAGUCACCUCAAUUACUAUGCGACUGAAAUAAGAUGCAUUAUUUGUUAACUGUCACGUGGCGCUAGUAUCAACGCAAAUAUUCCGGAAAAGAAAGAGAGAUCUGAUUAUUUCUUCCGAUAAUUAAGGACAAUAGAAACAAAUUCGGUUAAACCAUAACAAAUGUCAUUCACUUCACAAGUUCACAAAAAGCUGUAUUGCGUGUACUUAUUUGAGAAUUUCGUUAAAUUUUCUCUCUAAAUCUCACGGUAAAUAGUUUGAGAAAUAAAUAUGAGUGGUUAAAAAUGGCUGAAAACAAUCGAAAAAGGUGCAGAAAAUCUAAACUAGUGCCGAGGGAAUGUGUGGACUACGUCGAAGAUGAAUCUGUUUUGCAGGAGCCCGCCCAAAAGAAGCUGCUUCUAGAAAAAAUCAAGAAAGAACCAGAAGACUACAUCCCACAUGAACCCAACCCGCAUAAAUUCUCCGUGGAAGUGGAAAUCGAGGGCAUGGACACCGCAGCCCCCGACGAGGAUGCUCCUGACUACAUGAAGUACCUCUUCAGUCUGUCCAAAGAAUCAGAAGAAACGGAGAAUACACAAAACUUAGAUUUCGCUGAUAAUAGUUUACUAUUAGAGCAAAAACUUACCAUACCGGUGACGGAAGAAGAGAAAAAUUGCAAUGUAGAUGUGAAGAAAUUGCAGAAAAUGCUAGUUAUACUACAUAGGAAGUACCCAAAGGAGCUAGAAGUCGUGAUGCAUUGCAGGAAUCAAUGGGGGCGGGCGUUCCAUGAGAAAUCUCCUACUGAAUUCAAGAAAACUCCUCAAGAAAUCCUCUUACAAGAUGUACUUGGUAGGUGGAAGCAGUGGACCAUAGUUACUAGAGCUAGAGAGAGUCCCUACUGCUACAAAUGCUAUAUUUGCGACAACGGUUGGUGGACAUACACGGACUUCGCUACACAUAUAAAUCAGCAUACGACAUGUAAACUGCAAAUUCAAACUAGAAACUUAGAGUGUGACAUAGUUGCGUAUGAAGGGGACACGCCAGGCGUUAAAGACGUCGAAAUACAUGGCAAAUGCACUAAAUGCGCUAAAACUUAUAACCAUCAUUUGACUAACAAGAGAGCAACGGACGCGUAUUACUAUUGCAACUAUUGUGAUGAGAGAUUCCAAACCUGUAGAACUUUGACCAAGCAUGAAGGCGGAUGUCCUAGAAAUCCUAUAAGAGUCUUAGCUAUCUCGAAACUAGGGAAAGAAUACUCAUUCUCUGAUUUCUCCUGCAAUGUAUGUAAGACUCUUUUCUUAAGUAACCCGGACUUGGAAGAGCAUAUGAUCAUAUGCCACAAAGUCCGUUCAGACGAGCCUAUAGUCACCGUAUUCAAGGCAUGCAAAGAUUGCGAGCAGAUCUACUACAACUUCUACUUCCAUGUGUGUUUAAAGAAAAACUUUGUCACGGAAUGCAAGCAUUGCUUUAGAAAGUUUCAGAAUAAACAAAUGCUUGAGCAUCAUUAUAAGAUGUGGGACAAAAUAGCGCAGUGUAGGAUAUGCGAUAAAUAUUUGGUCAAAAGUUGCAUGGCAGCGGAGCACUAUGCGUUGCAUAGCGAAGAGUUCCUAUUGAUGCAUCGGUGUCUGGUGUGUAAGAAGAUCAAGGUGUUUUCGAGCGAUGAGGCAAUGAGGAAUCACGUUAACAAGUAUCAUAAGAGGUUUGAUGCGAGGCGGCCGAAAACUGACAAGAUUAUUAUGCCGACUAUAAUGCUGCAGCAGUGUAUGGUCGACCAAGUGAAAAAAAAUCCUCCGAAGGCCGUGGUAAAAUCCACCACUGCUAAAGCAACGAGUAAGGAGGGCUUCAAACUCACUCGAGGCGAGACUGUACCACAAGUUCGAGUCUACGUGCCAGUACAUAAAAACAAACUUAAUCAAACCAAUGAUGAAUCUCAAAUCAAAAAUACUACGAUAGCUCACGACGAUACAAUCACUAUGAGACCAGACGCUACGCCUGAAGAUAUCACUCCCGUACAGAUAAAACAAGAAAAAGAAGAUAUCACUGUAAUUAUACCGGCACUGGUGCCUAUAAAUACAACUGUACCUGAAAAAGUAACAGAAAUCAGUGAAAAAGAUAUUAAAGUAGAAAAAAUUGAUAUCGAUGAAGAAAAGAUAACAGAAGUCGCACCAGACGCUCAAAAAACAGUUAGUAAGGAAAAAGAAGAUACUACAGAAAAAGAAGUUAGCAAUGAAAAAGUUACAGAAGAAAAUGAGGCUGGUAAAGACAUGAUUAACAUAAUGGCGGAAUUAACAGAGUUUCUAGAUAUCAAACCUGAUAUCAAAGAGGAAAAACUGUCCGAUGACGAAGCCACGCAAGCUACGAAACAACUCACCAAUUUACUUCAAAUGUCUAACACGGAAACCGAUAUUUCUAAGGUAUUCAAAGCUUCAAGCGCUUUUGCUGAAGAAAUAACAGAUAACUCGGAGCAUUCUACAGUAUUCCAGAUAUCUAAAACAGUGUUAGAAACAGUGAAACAAGAGAAAGUAGACGAAGACCCAAUAGCCGUGAGCCCUAACGCUUCAAGUCUAAGUGUCAGUGAAUCAGAUUUAAGCGCUUUAAACUUAGAGCCAGAAGUUAUACUUAAAGCCGGUUAUAGAAAGAGGAAAACCUACAAAUGUAAUAAAUGUGAUUUCUCAGGAUUCCACAGAGAAUACAAAGAGCAUAUUAACAAUCAUUGCAGUAAGCCAAUCGCCCAAGAAUUCAUCUCUGACGUCUACUAUAACUGCACUAAAUGCGACAGAGGAUUUUCUACUUUAAAAAAGUACGCGUUACAUUUCGAUAAGCAUGGUUACCGGUAUAUGUCUUGCCCCCAAUGCGGGCAAGUUUUUGAAAGUGUGACUAAACUGAUGCCGCAUUUGAACAGUCAUUUGAAGACGCAGUUUUUUAAGCUGCAGCUUAUUAAGAGCUGCGAAGAUGUUGAUAAUUGUAAAGUGUACGAGUGUAAGAACUGUAAGGAGGUGGUGGGUCAGGAGAAGUGGUUCGAGCACUGGGAGAGGCACCUGCAGCUGCUGGAGCCAGCGGAGAAAGCUCCGCAGGAGACUAUAAAGAUUGGAGAGAACGGAGAACGGUCUCUUAAUGCGGGCUCGCUGAAAGAAGUCUUAGAGACGCUCACCAAACAAUACACCAACGAGAACCGCCGAGCCAAAGCCUGCAUCGUCUGUGCCCGAGUCUUUGAACGCAAGAACGACACAAAACGCCAUCUCAUCGAGCAUCUUCUAGAAGACGCUUACGCCAACCUACUGACCAACCAGAUGCUCAAAUGCCAGAUAUGCGGAGAUUUACAUAAAAAGCCUGAUAAUUACAAGAAACAUAUGAGGGAUCAUGCGAAUUUACCUAUAUAUAAAUGCGGGUUAUGUAAUAAGACGUUCAGUGAUUCGAGCAAUUUCACUAAACAUAAGAAGAUACAUAAUUUGAAGGCGUAUAUAUGUGAUAUAUGCAGUAAGAAGUUCCAAGCGAAGGUCUCUCUGGAGAAACAUAUACAGAUGCACAUGGAAACAGACCCUAUAACCUGCGACCAGUGCCAGCGAGUGUUCCACGACCGCUCCUUCUACAACCGCCACUACCGACAGCACCACGACAAGAUACUCACCAAAUUCAGAUGCAUGCUCUGCCGCGAGAAGUUCCCGUCGCUCCGCGAGAAAUGGGACCACCUGUGGGAGGUGCACAAACAGCGCAAGGAGAAGGCAGACUGCCCCAUAUGCGGCGUCUCCUACAGGAAGUUCAUCGAUGUGAAGAAACACGCCUUUCAGGUACAUGGCAAGUCCAUCACUCUCUCCAGUCUGUGGAGUUUGCUCAGUAAGAUUAGGGGUUCAGAGGGCUUGGGGUUGUUGGAGGGGAAAGGGGAGGGGAGCAAGGGUCAGGUCAAAGAGGAAGCGAGUAGUGAUGAUGACUGUCUGUUGAUAGAGGAGGAGCAUGAAACUCUAGUUGUUUAUGACUGAUUUUAUAUGACUUGUAUAUAUGAUGAUGAUGAUGAUGAUGAUAUACCGGGUGUGGCCUGUAAUAUGAGCAAAAAAUUCAACUGUAGGUAAAGCCUAAUACUGACCAACAUUUGUUCAGCAACUUUUAAUAAUAACUUGUAGUUUGAUUUUUAAUACACUUUAAAGUUUAAUCUAAGACGCAAUGUAUUGCGAAUUUUGUUAUGUUUAAGGCGUGACAAGCAACGUCAAUCACAAUGAUAUGGCGUGGCGAUGGCGUCCAUUGAAGAUAAUAUUUAU